CUCAAGUCCGACAACAAUAUGAUGGAUGAGAUUCUUAAGGAUGCCGCUCAAGGGCAUGUGUAUUGAGCUACGCCCCAAUCUCUGCAGUGGCCAUGUGCUGCUGCAGUUCGAGGAACCCAUACGCGAUAAACGCAAAACACGCAUCGUCAUCAAAGAGGACGAUGUGCACAUUGUGGAGAACGGCGUCGAUGGUGAUAGUGAGCUGGUUCUCCGUCAUGACUGCUUUGGCAUGGAUAUUGAACGUAUAUCUGUAUUCAUUGUAAGCGGUGAAUAUAUAAGUUUUCGCUUCAACUAUACGCACAUCGAUCUGGAUGCACUGCAGCGUGCGGGCGUGCAUGUGGAAAUACAUCCUUUGAAGCUGAGCUUUGAAGAGCGCUCACACGUGGUGGCGCUACAGUGCAGCAAAUGUUACCAUGAGGUUGUGCCUGGCUGCAAAUACAAUCGUCUGCGUGAGUUUCCUAGCGGUUUUGUGGAUCCCAGCGAAUUCUUUUGCCACAAUCACGGUGACACAUCUACAGCCAAGCCGCCCAGCUUGGUACCAGGUCCCAGUGAUAUGUACUAUGGACUCAACUACGUUGUGCUUAACAUGGCUGUGCUGCAUUCGCGCGUCAUCAAAUGCGAGGGACACAUUUACUGCAAACGGUGCAUGUGGUUGCUGGGUAUUUGCAUUUUGAAUGAUGCCGCUGUUAAACUCUGGGCAGAUGCUUUGCGCUUGCAGCCGGUUGCCACGCUGCCGCGCCAACUGUUUCAACAACCCACAUUAACACAGCUGGUGCUGCGUAUGCUUAAAGACUUCUGGCCUGAUGCACAGCAUCACUUUUGUACGGGCAACAAUCGUGCCUUGCUUGUAGCGACCAUGCCGAAUCGUCAUCAGCAUUAUAUGCUAUUAGAAAUACUCGAAUUUAAGCUGCGUAUACUGCGGAAGGUGGAAACCACAUCAAGUGUUGCUGAGGCUAAGCUGCAGCAAUUUUAUGCUUGUAAAUUAUAUUUUCGUGUAUUUGGCAGCUGCCAACAUGAUCCGUCAAUACUGGCGGCAUGGCAGGAGCAGAUUACUAUACCCAAGCUGGAAAUGUCGCCGUAUUCAUUUCUAGCCCUACAAAGGCGUCUCACAAGUAACAUGGAACUGGUGCCUAACGCCUGGCGUUACAACACAGCCGAGGAGAAACUGCAGCUAAGCUAUUUUUUCUAUGAAACCGAAGAGCAGGAGUUACUGCGUCAGCAAAAGGAACAGGAGCAACAACAGCAGCCAAAGCAGGGACCAGAGGUUAAGCCAAAGCAGCAACAGCUGAAGGAAUAUGAGACUGAUACAGGCGUGGAUGCCAGCCUGGAUGAGGAGGAUGAAAGUGAUGAUGAGCAUUCGGAUACGGAUAGCGAAACGCACAAUGCUUUGCACCAUAAAUAUGCGCCCAUAGCCGCCUAUGAGCAGCAGCUGGUCAAGCGUUGGCCAAAACAGAAGCAGCUAAAGCACAUGUCCAAUUCACCUGAUGGUGCAAAUCUGUAGCUUCACUUCCUUUAACAAAACCAU